UUUUCAAAUGCGAUACGGUCACACUUUGACAACUCGACGGAAAGCCAGCUCACCCAAAAUAAUAAAUUCAAUAUUUCUUUGCAAUAAGCCAUUAAAAUAUAAAAAUGAGCAGACAGCAAAACGAAGAAGACACCAACUCAGUGCUGUUCGAUGCCCGCAAUGAGUACUAUGUUGGCAACUUCAUGGGCUCGAUCAACGUUGUGCUGCCGGAGCAGGGAACUGCUGCAUCGGAACUGCUGUCCUACAUGUACCUUUCCUACUUGGCGAUCGAUUCAGGACGCAUAGUGGCUUCGGACAUCAAGGAGAACAAUACCACGCCCCUGCAGGCUCUGCGUCUGGUGCACGAGGCAUUUGAGCAGCCGUCCCGCACGGAGGAACUGCUGGAGAAGCUCACCGAUAAAGUGGCUGGCGACGAGGAUGAGACCAACAUCUGGCACAUUGCUACCGCGAUUGUCUACUGCCAUGAUGGACAGUUCGAGAACGCCCUAAAAAUCUUACAUGGCUCUACGAAUCUGGAAUCGAUGGCAUUGUCUGUGCAGUGCCUGCUGCGCCUCCAGCGCGUGGACUUGGCCAAGCAACUGGUGGCCAAGAUGCAGGAGAUUAGCGACGAUGCCACGCUGACUCAACUGGCACAGGCGUGGGUAGCUCUCGCCCAGGGCACGGAACAGAUGCAGGACGCUUUCCAUAUUUAUCAAGAAUUCUGUGAGAAGUUCAAGCCCACCCCGGCUCUGCUAAAUGGUCAGGCGGUGGUUCAUUUGGGCCUCGAGCGCUACGAGGAGGCGGAUGCCGUCCUACGCGAAUCGCUGCUGAAGAAGCACAACGACUAUGACACGCUCAUCAACCUCAUGGUUCUAGCUCAUCUCACUGGAAAGCCGGCAGAGUCUGUUAACCGGAACCUGGAGCAGCUUCGCCAGUUCUACCCCAAGAGCGACUUUGUCACCGAUCUGGACAAAAAGUCCGCGGAGUUCGACCGCCUCUGUUUGCAAUACGACAUCGGUGGCGAGGAGAAACUCCUAACUAUCUAAGCAUAAGAAGAAACUCCAAACAUUCAUUUAUCCAAACCUAUGUUUAUAUGUUAAAUUACAAUAAAAAUGUAUUAGCAAUGUA